UCAAACCAGAAAUUGCAUAUGCAAUUGUCUGACAAUUCUUCACCCACCAAGCCAAAGUCAAUACCUUACUGUUCCUUCACAGUCAAUCUGAACCAUAUCUGUCAUAUACACACAAUCUGACUUCAUACAUCUUCGAAUUUACAAUCCCUAAACCCUAACAAAGCAAGCCAAACCAAACCAAUCUAACCAUUCUAUUCAACAACAAUCUCAUGAAUUGUUUCAGACAAUACAGCUUUCUUCUACUAACAUUCAUUGCAUUUCUCUGUGUUGUCUUUGUUUCGAUCGCCGAAGACGAUGUGAAGUGCUUGCAAGGUGUGAAGAGCUCGCUCACUGACCCUCAAGGUAAGCUCGCCUCAUGGACUUUCUCCAACACUUCAAUCGCCUCUCUCUGCCAUUUGGCCCAUUACGUCGGAGUAUCAUGUUGGAACGAUUUUGAAAACCGUCUCUUCGGCCUCGAGCUUCGUGAUAUGAAGCUCGCCGGCGAAAUUCCGGAGUCUCUACACUACUGUCAUACCUUGCAAACUCUCGAUCUCUCCGGUAACGAUCUCACCGGUUCAAUUCCUGCACAAAUCUGUUCUUGGUUGCCUUAUUUAGUAACCCUAGAUUUGUCUAAUAAUCAUUUUACUGGUUCAAUUCCGGUUGAUCUUGUUAAUUGUUCGUUUUUGAAUAAUCUUAUAUUGUCAAACAAUAAACUAUCUGGUACUAUACCUUACCAAUUAUCGAAUUUGGGCCGACUUAAGAAGUUUUCUGUGGCAAACAAUGAUCUUUCCGGCACAAUUCCAAUGAAUUUUGAUGAUUUUGAUUCGGCGGAUUUUGCUGGGAAUAAUGGACUUUGUGGGAGGCCGCUUGGUAAGUGUGGUGGCUUGAGCAAUAAGAAACUUGCAAUUAUAAUUGCAGCAGGUGUUGUUGGUGCCGCGAUGUGGAUGUUGUUUGGGUUUGGGCUGUGGCGGUGGUACUUUAAGAAGUUGGAUCGGAGGAGCAAGAGUGGUUACUGGAUUGAAAGAGGGGAUGAAGAUAGUUGGAUUGAGAAAUUGAGGGCGCACAGAAUUGUUCAGGUUUCGUUGUUCCAGAAACCACUUGUGAAGCUUAAGCUGGCAGAUUUAAUGGCUGGCACGAAAAAUUUCAGUGCAAAAAAUUUUAUAGGUUCGACUAGGACGGGGACUACUUAUAAGGCUGUUCUUAAAGAUGGGUCUGAGCUGGCAAUCAAGCGGCUUAAUGCUUGCAAAUUAAGUGAAAAGCAGUUUAGGUCAGAGAUGGAUAGAUUAGGACAGCUUAGGCACCCGAAUUUGGCUCCGGUUUUGGGGUUCUGCAUGGUGGAAGAGGAAAAGUUGUUGGUUUACAAGCACAUGUCAAAUGGAACUUUGUAUUCAGUAUUGAAUGGGAAUGAGAUUGUAUUGGAUUGGGCAGAUAGAUUUAGGAUUGGUUUAGGUGCUGCCAGAGGGCUUGCUUGGCUUCACCAUGGCUGUCAACCUCCAAUCUUGCACCAGUAUAUUAGCUCUAGUGUGAUUCUCCUCGAUGAGGACUUUGAUGCGAGGAUAAUGGAUUUUGGCCUAGCAAGGCUUAGGACUUCUUCCGACUCAAAUGGGAGUAGUUUUGUCAAUGGGGAUUUUGGUGAAUAUGGUUAUGUAGCUCCAGAGUAUUCAAGCACGGCGGUUGCUUCAUUAAAAGGGGAUGUUUAUGGUUUCGGUGUAGUGCUUCUGGAGUUGGCAACGGGUCAGAAACCUCACAAAGUUGGCGAUACCGAGGAAGGGUUUUAUGGCAAUUUGGUGGACUGGGUAAAUCAGCUCUCAAGUUCUGGUCAAAUUAAGUAUGUCAUUGAUAAAGAUCUCUGUGGAAGGGGUCAUGAUGAAGAAAUUGUGCAGUUCCUGAGAAUUGCAUGUAAUUGUGUAGUUUCUCGACCCAAUGACAGAUGGCCUAUGUACCAGGUUUAUGAAUCAUUACAGAGCAUGGCUGAGGAACAAGGUUUCUCAGAACAAUAUGACGAAUUUCCACUAUUUUUUGGCAGGGAAGACGCUGAUAGUCCGGUUCAUUUUUAGAGCAAAAAGAUGGGAGAAUGUUUCGGCAUCUCAUUGUGUGAAGAACUCACUCAGUGAUCCUCAAGGUAAACUCCGCUCAUGGUCUUUCACCAACACCUCGGCCGGCUCUCUCUGCAGUUACACCGGUGUAUCAUGUUGGAAUGAGAACCGUUUGAUUAGUCUCGAGCUUCGCGACAUGAAGCUCGCCGGCGACAUUCCAGAGGCUCUGCAAUACUGUCAUAAUUUGCAAUCUCUGGAUCUCUCAGGUAACCAACUCACUAGUUCUAUCCCUGCACAUAUCUGUACUUGGUGGCCUUAUCUAGUAACUAUUGAUUUGUCUGAUAACCAACUCACUGGUUCGAUUUCGGCUGAUCUUGUUAAUUGUUCAUAUUUGAACAAUCUUAUUUUGUCAAACAACAAAUUAUCUGGUACUAUACCUUAUCAAUUUUCUGGAAUGCAACGAUUUAAAGAAGUUUACCGCAUGAUACCGUCAUUCCUUUAUUCUUUUAAUUCAACGAAUUUUGUUGGGAAUGAUGGACUUUGUGGCUGGCCGCUUGGGAUUUGUGGUGGUGGUGGUUUUAGCAAAAAAGAUCUUGCAAGUAUAAUCGCUGCCGGUGUUUCUGGUGUAGUGGCGUCCAUGUUGUUAGUGUGGUUUUGUUGUUUAAGAAAACUCUCUUGUAACAAUUUUCAUUUGUUAACUGUUUGUGUUUUGAGUUGUUGUUUAUACACAAUUGUGCUCUGAUUUACUGCAAAAUAGAACGUGUUUGGUGAUUCAAAAGUUUGUUUGUUUGAUUGUUUUAUUGAAAUUGUUUUUUCACAGUUUCAAGUCCAAAUAUUUUAAUUUGAACUAGGAUUGGGGAAUGCUCAUAAGACUAGGGAAGCUUAGGUAUCCAAAUAUUGUCUCCCUUUUUGGGGACCCGGGGUUGUGUAUGGUAUGUUUUAAUCUUUUCUUCACUGUUAAAAGAAGGGACAAUUACGUUUGCCUCCCUUGUUGAUUGUCUAAAUAAUAGAAACAUCCUCUAUGGAUUCAAAUAUAACAUUCACUUCCCUUAUUAAUGUAAAAUAUAUGUUCGUUUAUAAACAAGAGUUUUACCAUUAAUUUUGUGACAGGAGAGGUAGACCGACACUGUAGCAUUAUUUUGGACCGCAACAUGUUUGUUAAAUAGUGAUUUGUUUUAUACUUUACCCAAAUGUGCGUCUUGAAUAGUUGCUCAAACUUGAAACACCAAAUCAAAUGUGAUUUUUUAAACUCUAAAAUGAUUUUUUAAACCAGCCAUUAUAUUUUUCAAAUCAAAUAUGUUUUCAUAUUUUUACUUCAUUAUGUUAUAUUAUUCAUUUAGCUAGCUUUUCUGAUACUAAGGGUGCACACGGUCCGGUUUGGACCGGAUUGGGAACAUUUUGGGACCAAAUCAUAUAUAACGGUUCCACUAUUUUUGAAAUUAGACUGAACCAUAAUAUCCAUGGAAUCAAACCAAACUGUUAAAAAUCGGUUUGAUUCGGUUCGAUUUGUCGGUUCUAGUUGAAUUCUUUUUUAUUUUAUUUUAAUUUAGAGGGGCAAAGUUAAAAAAAAAAAAAAAAAAAAGAAAAAGAAAAAACCUAACAUGCCCUUAUGUGUUAGCGAAUUAGGUGAUAUGUAGAAGUGAAAUAAUGUUUGUUGUGUUUGUUUAAAACCGUUGAUCCGUAUGCUGUGGUUCGGAUGCAAGGUCAUGAAGUGUGCUAUCUAUUGUAUGCUGUAAUUCUCCUUGAAAAUGAAGGCUUUUAGCUAUUACCUUCUCUACACUAUAUGUCCGUGAUAGCUUUUUAUUGGAUGGACCUGUAUCAAGUUAUUACAAGUAGAUAGUCAGAAAUGUUCUAAGUUGGAACAAAAGUCCAGUUACAAUUCUCGAAUGAUGGGUUGUGCAACCAGCCCAGAUUGUUAAAAUCAGGCCAUCCUCAUUAUUGUUGGGCCUUUGUUGACCCAGCCUCUGAGAGCCCAAAGUUGACCGACAGUCUAAAAUUAACCUGGAUUCAGUAAAACUUCACUGUGGGCUUUGCCCUGUCAUGACCCAUGAGUCACUUUCACCCAGUUUUGAGCCCAAGCCCAGAGGAUAGGACCAGCUUACCAGGCUGGGAGGCUGAU